CUUGCGCUACCAGUGUUGCCACGUGUUACAACAAGGCGGUCUAACUACGACACGACGAUCGCGGCAAAGAAGCAUGGCAGUCAGAUCUCAGGGUGGCGAACAGGUGUUCACUAUAGUGGGUCGCGGGCGUGUCGGUGCUGCGCUUGCAGAAAUGGGGAAAGACGAUGUAUUGGUAGGUAGGGGGGGAAGAAUCCCAGAAGGUCCGCAAGGGCCUGUCAUUGUUUGUACCAGAAAUGAUGCUCUUGACGAUGUGGUGUCCAUGACACCGCCUGACAGAAAAAAGGACCUUGUCUUCAUUCAGAAUGGCAUGCUACAGCCAUGGCUAGAUGGGCAAGGGCUUGGAGACAACACACAGGUCCUAGUGUACUUUGCGGUUGCAAAGAAGGGAGAGGCCCCUCUUGAUGGCAAGACUGACCUCAAUCCAGAGGGCUUGACUGCUGCAUGGGGUAUUCAUGCUGAGGCAGUGGCUGAGCGGCUGAAGGCAAAUGGCUUGAGCUGCAGCACGCCGGACAGACCGGAGUUUGACAAAGCAAUGCUGGAAAAGCUGAUUUGGAUCAGCGCUUACAUGCUUGUUGGAGCUCGCCACAGUGCCAACAUUGGUGAUGUUGAGAGACAGCAUCGGAGCGAGGUGGGGUCUCUUAUUGAGGAGCUGGGUGCUGGAGGAGCAGCUGAGCUGGGUGUAACGCUGGACAGCAAUUUUGCAGAGCGCUUGCAUGCGUACUCUCGCUCUGUUGCGCACUUCCCCACAGCAGUAAAAGAGUUUCAAUGGAGGAAUGGGUGGUUCCAUGAUAUAUCUAAGAAGGCUCUGGCAGAGGGCAGGGCAGACCCCUUCCCCACUCAUACUGCAUGGCUGAAGGACCUUGGAGUGGCGUGAUAAAGCAUUCCAUGAUAGAUUUUACAUCUGGUAUGAUUGCCUUUCUGUCCUUGAGAGGGCCUUAAUGGAGAACUUCUUGCAAUUUUCCAAAAAUUCAUUAUGAGAUCAUCACAGGAUUUGUCUCAUGUCUUGUGUAAAAACAGUGUGUAUCGUCCAAAGUAAUCCUUACCCAAAGCCCCUCUUCUCUCGCUUGGGUUUCUGAUCUCUCCUUUCUGCUGCACCCUUCUGGAUCUGUGAUCGCUUUGGAAGGACUGGCCUCAACUCUUGCACUUGCUGCUGUGCAUUUCUUUCCUGCUGCUCUUGGUCGAUUCUGCUGCUCCUGAUUUUCGCUUCAGGAGGACCAUCCAUGGUCAUCUGUUGGACAUGCACUGCAGGCUGGGAACCCUCAGUCUCAGUGAAGGAUUGGGCAUCUCUACUAAUUAGCCGUCGCCCAGCCUGUGCCUGCCUCUGAUCAAGCUUCUUUUUUAUCAUCUCCCUCAGCCCGCUUGUAUCUGCCAUGUUCUUGCUCCUACUUUUGCUGAUGGAGAAAGACUUGACAAUGUCGAGUAUGGCAUCCUGCAGAGAUCUCUGCAACAACUUAUCCACCAGAGUCGCUAUAAUCGGCGGUGAUGUGCCUGUGAACAUCUCCCAGUGCUCAGCAAUGGCAAUGGUUUCUUCGCCAGACAUGCCAGAUAGGAUCACGAGCCUGGGCAGAGGCUCUUCAACCACCGUGUGACCCUCCACCCUCAACCUGUCCAAGUCCCCUUGGCAGACGGCCUCCUGUACUGUGCCUUUUAACAUGUCCCGGGUGCAGUGGGACACCGAAAAUUCGGGCUCCAUCUGCUGCAUCCAUGCCGCCACUGUGUCCCCAUCUGCUUUACUGAAGCCAACCAGGAGCAUACCCCUGGGUCCAACACCCACCGAUGACUGCUUCAGAUCUGUGAUCUGCGCAGAUCGAAUGCCACUAGCAUUGCGAAUUCUCAGCUCGGGCAUGUGCAGAACUCUUGAUUGCGCCUGCUUUUUGGAAAAGCGGUUGCCAAGGUAAGAUCUCGAUGGAAGCUUAAGAAAGCUGGGAUUAGGAAGAGCAAUUCCGGUGUUCAGUGCAGAAGGGAAGCCAAGUAUCCCAAUUUCUGAAAGUGCGGCAGCCAUGACGGCCCCCCUUCCCACCUACCUGUUUAUACCUUCAAUAAUG